AUGGUUACAAAGCGUCACCAGGAGACAGUGGUGACGAGAGGAGCCAUCGAGAAUGAUACCAUAUCGGGGGUUGCCGCCAAGUAUUGGGCUCCAUUCACCAAGGAAACCCAUGAGAAGUUCGACGCCAAACUUAUUGACAUUAUCUAUGAGAACGAGAUGCUAAAGACACAGUUUAACUCGCGAAAAAUCAUGAUGCUGGAGUUUUCGCAGUACUUGGAAGAGUAUUUAUGGCCUAAUUAUCAGGCCCAAUCGGCUUCCAAAGCCUAUAAUCUGUCGAUUGUGGUGAUGGUGAAUGAGAAGUUCCGCGAGAGAAGUCUCGAUGCGUGGGCGUGCUUUUCGAAGAAAGCCGACGAGUUUUCGGGCUUUUUCCGCAGAGUUCUAGAGCUGUCGCUUCAGGAAGAGGGACACGGCCAACAAACGAACCAUGUGCUCCGUCUGAAACGUGCUGUAAAAGUGAAAGGAGGCAUCUACGCAUGUCCAGAAUGCUCCUACAGUACUGAUAGUCUGGCGAAUCGACGCCUACAUUUUAAGAGGAAUCAUAAUAAAUCGAGAUAA